CAGUUUCCCCCUCCAAGGAGAAAGAGCGGAGACGUAAGACAGGAAAAUGAAAGCGAAACCCUCUCCAGAGAGUCAUGCUUUCCGUAAAAUAGAAAAGAGCAAGUGAAUGCCAUCCUUCCUUCUCCCGGCUCCUUGCUACCUCGUGGGGGGAAAUGAGCGGAAGACCAAAGCUGAGAAGGGGGGCCAGGAUUUUUAGAGGUCAUUCUGAAGAAGGCAGCGGCCACGGUAGACUCAGCGGUGUGCUCCCCGAGCACAGAGACCCUGACUCCAAUGGGUUAAGCCAGUCACGGAAGAUCGUCAUAAGCACGAUGUCCGUAGUGACUCUUCUUCUUAUAGGGCUUGGGAAUCACAUGUGGCUUCAAGAAACAGAGUUUCCUCAGAGAUCCAGUCACAUUUAUGCUAUAAUGGCAGAAUACAGUUCAAGACUUUCUAAUUACCAGGCCAGACUUCAAAUGCCAAAGGAGCAACUGGAGCUUUUAAAGAAAGAAAGCCAGACUUUGGAGAAUAACUUCCAAGAAAUUCUGUUUUUAAUUGAAGAAAUAGAUGCCCUGAAGGCACUGGUUAGAGACACACGGGAUGGUCUGCACAACCACAGCGUGGACGCUGAUGGAGGCGGGGACCAGGACCCCAUGGGCACCAGCGACGAGGAAAUGUCAAACUUGGUGAAUUACAUCCUUAAAAAGUUAAGAGAAGACCAAGUCCAGAGGGCUGACUAUGCCCUCAAGUCAGCAGGGGCCUCCAUCAUUGAAGCUGGGACCUCUGAAAGUUACAAAAAUAAUAAAGCAAAACUUUACUGGCAUGGAAUCAAAUUCUUAACCUAUGAAAUGCCCCCAGACAUUAUUCUUCAGCCGGAUGUCCACCCUGGAAAGUGCUGGGCCUUCCCAGGUUCCCAGGGUCACGCCCUGAUCAAGCUUGCCAGGAAGAUCACACCCACUGCUGUUACCAUGGAGCACAUCUCCGAGAUGGUGUCUCCCUCAGGAAACAUCUCCAGUGCACCCAAGGAAUUUUCCGUCUAUGGCGUCCUGAAACACUGUGAGGGAGAAGAAAUUUUCCUAGGUCAGUUUGUGUAUAACAAGACAGGAACCACCAUUCAAACAUUCGAGCUCCAGCAUGAAGUUUCUGAAUCGUUAUUAUGUGUGAAACUUAAAAUCCUCAGCAACUGGGGUCACCCAAAGUACACGUGUUUAUAUAGAUUCAGGGUCCACGGCACCCCAGGAGAAUACCACUAGAGGAGGCCGUGCAGGUGGCUGUGACCAUGGGUCCAGAAUAUUUGACUGUUCUUAUCUGCUUAGAUUCAUCGCGCCCACAGUAAUCGAAAUGGGGAUGGGAGGGAAACCUCAAAGUGGUUCAUACCUGCCAAGAUAAUGUGAAUGAGUUUUACUGGUAAAAAAUACGAAAAUAAAUUCAAUCUUCUUGUGGUAGUUUA